AUGCUCCGCAACGCGUGUCGUCGCACUCUCGCGGAGGCGGCGGCGUCUUUCAGCGGGAGGAAAUCUUCUUUCGCAUGGCGCACGGUAGUCUCGGAUAACGCAGGGUCGUCGGUCGUCGGCAACGACUGCUUCCGACGGAUCGCGCGCCAGCCUCGAGGAUCUUAUUGUUUUCCCACCACAGGCAUCAGCCGGACCGCGUCGACGUCGACGAGGACGCGGCAAUCGGCUCACCAGGAGAUGGCAGGCGUCGUGGAGGACCUCGCCGUGGAGCUCCACCCGUGGAGCAAGCUCCCGCUCCAAAUCGCGGUCGCCAUGGGCGUCGCGAGCUUCUGGCGCGGAGCCUGGUACGUCAUGGACACGACCGUCUUCCCCGACGACGCCCUCAAGUCCGGCGCCGCGUGUCUGGUCGCCGGAACCGCCGGCCUGGCGAAACUGCAGAGGUACGCGGCGUCGGAGGUGCAUCGCAGGUACAUCGCCAGGCGGAUUCCGCCCCCGCCGAGCGUCCGGUACGGGCUGCUGUACGGCAUGGGACUGAGCUGCGUGGCGGUGUGGAGGGGCACGUGGUGCAUGUGGGACGCCGCGUUUGAAGCCUUCGACCCUUGGGCCUUGAAGGGACGGUCGGGGGAUCCGCCGGCCACUGACGACGACGUAAAUCGGACGUCGAUGUCGGAGCAGUCGUUCACGUUCUUGAACGGCGCGGCGUCGCACGUCGCCGCCAUUGCGGGUUUGGUCUCGGCGGGGUACCUGAGCUCGGUGCUGUCGCCGCCCGCGGUGUGCUUCCUGCUCAACGACGAGGCGCUUCGAAAGAGGGCGUGCGCGGUGAGCCCGGUGUACAGGGAGGAGGCCAGGCGGGAGUUCCUGAAGGGGGCGGCGUGGCUCUUCGGCAACUCGGGGCCGGUCAAGCGGGCGGUCAAGUAA